AUGCCAGACCUCAAACAGUACCUCAAGGAGUAUUCGACGGAGAGCGGCGAGAAGCUCUUUGCCGCCGCCAACGUGGACAUGCUCGAGCACCUUCCCAUGUCCACCGUCUACGAGGCGUCGAAGAGCAGCGCCAAGUGGGAGACGGCUAAGAAGGCCGAGACCGAGGCGGCGGCGUCGGCCAAGAAGUCGAGCAAGGUCGCGUGGAAGGAGGACCUGCUCGCGGCGAGGCGGGCGAAAGAGGCAGAAGAGGCGGCGGCGCGCAAGACGGCAGCACCGGAGCGCGCCCCGUGGUGCCUGAGCAGCCACGCCGGUAGGCGCCGAGCCAGAGUGCCGAAUCGCCACCCCGUCAUGGCACGGCGUGAGCUGCGCCUGAUUGCGUGA